AUGUCGGCCGGCGGCCCCCCCUGGAGGAACCACAGCCUGGUCCUGGGAGGGGGCGGAGACCCUCCUCUGUCCGACCAGGGAGAGACCAUCAUAGGAGUCUACCUGCUGCUGCUGGGCUGGUUGUCGUGGUUCGGGAACAGCGUGGUGCUGUUCGUCCUGUACCGCCAGAGGGCGGCGCUGCAGCCCACGGACUUCCUGACGCUGAACCUGGCCGUGUCCGACGCCAGCAUCUCUGUGUUCGGCUACUCCAGAGGAAUCAUCGAGAUCUUCAACGUCUUCCAGGACAGCGGGUACCUCAUCUCAUCCAUCUGGACCUGCCAGGUGGACGGUUUCUUCACGCUGGUGUUCGGUCUGAGCAGCAUCAACACGCUCACAGUGAUCAGCAUCACGCGCUACAUCAAAGGCUGCCACCCCAGCAGAGCGCGUCACAUCAGCAGAACCAGCGUGUUUGUGUGUCUGCUGCUCAUCUGGGUCACAGCUGGGUUCUGGGCCGGAGCGCCGCUGCUGGGCUGGGGCAGCUACACAGAUCGGGGUUAUGGUACCUGUGAGAUUGACUGGGCCAAAGCGAGCUACUCUGGUGCCUACCGGUCCUUCAUCGUGUCCAUCUUGGUCUGCUGUUUUCUGGUUCCUGUUCUUGUCAUGCUCUUCUGCUACGUGUCCAUCAUCAACACUGUGAAGCGCGGCAACGCCUUGUCAGCAGAGGGCGACCUGACCGACCGCCAGAGGAAGAUCGAGAGGGACGUCACCAUCGUCUCCAUAGUGAUCUGCACGGCCUUCAUCCUGGCCUGGUCUCCCUACGCUGUGGUGUCCAUGUGGUCGGCCUGCGGCUUCCAUGUUCCAAACCUCACCAGCAUCUUCACGCGCCUCUUUGCCAAGUCUGCCAGUUUCUACAACCCUCUGAUCUACUUCGGCCUCAGCUCCAAGUUUCGCAAAGAUGUGGCGGUCCUGCUGCCGUGCACCCGCGAUGCCAAAGACACCGUCAAGCUGAAGCGAUUUAAGCCCAAAGCCGACGCCCACGGCCGCCCUGCUGCAGGAGGCGGGGCCAAACUGAAGCUUCCCCUCAACCGGCCAGAGAAGAAAUACUGUACAGGGAACCAGGCUCCGCCCCCUGACCCUGGCAGAGGAAGCCCGCCCUGCACACCACCGCCCGUUACCAAAGAGGUGUUCUACAUCGACAUGCCCCGCCCCUCUGACACCGGCUCUGACUUUGAAUGUGACAGACUCUGA